AUGCAUGGGGGAGUUCGUGACAAACGGACAUCGUUAUUGCACAACUGCGUUGAGCUGAAUGCCCUGGCUGCAAGGUGUGACAAGUCUCACCAGCACAAGGAGUGGUCAGUAAGCAGGACAUUGGAUGGCAAGUGGGCGUAUGAUACCUCAAGCGAGGCUGAGUACCCCCUCCAGCUUUGUCAGAAGAUUGCAGCAAUCAUCAGUCGUUGUGCAGUUUCCAAACGUUUGCCAAUCAGUUUAGAACCUAAAGGGCCCUCACCAGUCAUACAGUCCAAUGCGGCAUGGAAAAUCGCUGCGGGGAGACAGCCCCGUGGCCGCCGUAGCCCAGGUAUGCUCCCUGAAGAUGGGCAGGUCGUGGACCUCCUGGUGAAUGCCCAGGUGGACCUCAAUGUGGUCCAGCACUGGAAGGGACGGGUUGACCGUGAAAUCACCCUUGCAGGCAGAGUUUUUCCAGCAGGUUCCAGGCUUAUUAGUGCAGUACCGUCCAAUAAUAGCGGGGAAAAGUGCGGGGACGAGCUCAAAUUGGUACAUAUGUCAGUAUUGGUUGGAAUCCCCAUGACUUUCCAAGACAGCAUUAGGAGGUCCUUGGAGCUGGUGCACCCUUUUGACACAUGUCAACAGGUGCCUGACCACGUCCUCACAGCCAUGUUUCAUGUGGUCACCAAAGGGACUGACUGGAUACAUGAAGAGCGUGUUAAACGAUUGAGAUGGCUGAAGAGGAGGGCGGCAGAGUUGGCGCCCAGAGAGCUGGAAUUUCACAGGGCAAUGGAACCUAAGGUAGCCGAAAUCUUGCAAGGCAAGAGCCUUCUGCUUUUUGACGAAGUCUUGAGACAAGUUGGGUAUGGGGACACCAACCUGGUUCAUGACAUAGCAGUUGGGUUACCCAUCACAGGUCAAGGCCGGGAUACAGGUUGUUUCCAGCCAGAGUUCAAACCUGCACAGCUUACACAAGAUGAUUUGUGGAAGAUUGCAAAGUAUUCACAAGAGGAGGUCAAGUCGAAAAUCCCACCUCACAUGGCCAAGCGGGAGGUUCAAGUCGAUGGCAGGCCUGUUGACGUUGCCCAGGAAGUCUGGGCAUCGACCAUCUCUGAGGUCGAGAAGGGUUGGCUUCAAGGACCUAUGUCGGCGGAGCAAGUGGGGGCAGUGGUAGGCAACUUGUGGACCCCAAGUAGGAGGUUUGGUAUUCUACAAGGGUCGAAGAUCCGCAACAUUGAUGACCUCAGUGAAUUUUCAGUCAAUCAGUGUUAUGGCCCAGGUGAGAAGCUGGACCUUGGUGGAGUGGACGAGGUGGUGGCGAUAUCUGCGGCUUGGAUGAGAGUCUUGGGACCCCCUGACAGACAAGAUGUUCAAGUGACAUUGAGUAGUGGAAUGCAGCUGUCAGGUCUGAAGGCACCAGAGUUCAGGUCGAAAGCUGUGGGUCUCAAGGGGAGAUGCAUGGACCUCAAGGCGGCAUAUAAACAGUUGCCCUUGAGGCCCGCGGACCGUAGUAAUGCGGUGCUUGGCGUGCUGGAACCAACAGAUGGGACAGUUUCAUUUUUCGUUUCUCAUGUGCUCCCAUUUGGGGCAACAGGAGCAGUCAUGGGGUUCAACAGACUGGCAAGGGGCUUGAGAGAGGUGCUGCAGAGGUAUUUCAUGCUCCCGGUAGUCAAUUAUUUUGAUGAUUUUCCGCAUGUGGAUGUAGCCCCCCUGGCUGUGAAAUCUCAGGUGAUCAUGGAGAGUGCCCUCAAGGUCCUGGGCUGGCAGAUAGCCGAGGAGCCAAAGAAGAGGCUCCCACCCAGCGACAGUUUCGUGGUUCUAGGUGUGGUGGUUGACCUCUCAGAAGCCGACAAGGGAGUCUGCAAAGUGAGGGACAAACCUGAAAGGGCCAGUGAGUUGAGAGAGGUGAUCAGGGAAGCCAAGAGCAUGGGAUCCUUUCCUCCUAGCAUGGCUGCAAGGGUAUAUGGUAGGCUCAACUUUGCAGAGUCGCAGUGUAGUGGGCGUUGGUUAGCACCGUUGCUCGAGCCCAUCAAACUCAGGUCUCUCAUGUGCAAGUAUGUCAAGAAGUUGAACAGCGAAGUGGAGGAGGCGCUGGUUCAAGCGGCCAUUAUGUUGGAGUCAGCGCCACCCAGAAGGUUGAACGCUUGGGAUGUUGAACCCCCGUGCAUCAUCUUCACAGAUGGUGCUUAUGAAGGUGGUGUCGCAUCUUGUGGGGCAGUCAUGUUCUCACCAAGGACAGCCAAACCGAUUGCAUUUGGUUUUGAGGUACCGGGGGCCAUCACAGACCAGUGGAAGUCGUUUGGGCAUGAGCAGGUCAUAGCUCAAGCGGAGAUGCUGCCGAUAGUGGUGAUCAAAAGACAGUUUGUGAACCUAGUUGGUAGUGCAAGGGUCAUCUUUUUCAUUGACAAUGAGGGGGUGAAGGAAGCUUUUGUGAGCGGAACGACCAAGUCAGUCGCUAGCAGAAAGAUGUUGGUGGAAGCCAUGAUGAGAGACUCUGAAAACAACAGCUUAUCGUGGUACGCACGUGUUCCAUCACCAAGUAAUGUGGCAGACCCUCCAUCAAGGUUGGAAUGGGAAAAGCUUGACCAGAUCAUUGACUACCUGAAGGUUGAAGUCAUCUUGGACUACGAGAAGUGGGGGAAAGCUUUUGUCAGCAACAUUGGCGCCCUGGUGCAGCCGUUGACAAAGUAUGAGUACAAGAGUGGUACAAAGUCCACCUGCGUCGGUUUGUUCUCGCACUCAGACCAGACUGCAGCUGCUCAAACCUUGAAGUGUCAGGUGGCUGGAGCAUCACCCAAAGGGGUUGGUGGCCGCAUGGCAGAUGUACUCGGAGCCGGAAGUCAGAAGUUUUUCGGUUGCACAGUGUUUUCGACCAGCUCCUUUUCCCUCAAGGGCAAGAAGACGUGGUCGGAAGGAUUCAGUGUGAUACAGCAGUCUGUGGAUGGCAGUGGCGACAUCCGCACCCUUGAGAACUAUGUCGCACGAAGGCCACUCAUCGACAACAUCACCAAGGAAGAGUUAGGAAACAUUUAUUCGGAGGAGUAUUCCAAGAACCUUGGGAAAAUGGUUGACAGCGCUAACAUCCUUGCAGGCCAAUUGGGCAACGUCACCCUGAGCAGCACGUGGCCAGAAACAGAAGAUUGGACUUUUCUCAGCCUCCUGCGACAGUUCCAAGCGGUUUCCAAGUUGAUCGCAACAAGCCAAACUCGCCAAAUUGAACGUGAAUUUUUCUAUGUAGAGCUGGGAGGUUUCGACACGCACAACGAGUUUGAGAAAUUGGAUGAACUCUUUGCUUUCAUCGAUGAUUCCCUGGAUGCUUUUGUCAAGGAACUCAAGGCACAGGGAGUCUUUGACUCAGUGGUCUUGGUCACAACCUCGGACUUUGGUCGCACCUUGACAUCGAAUGGCAAGGGAACAGACCAUGGCUGGGCUGGCAACCAGUUCGUGGUGGGUGGCAAGGUGAAGGGCGGUGAGAUCUACAACGAAUUCCCGACCUCCCUGCUGGAGGGGAAUUUGUAUGAUGUGGGCCGAGGACGAAUGAUUCCCCGGUAUCCCUGGGAGAGUGUGAUGCUGCCCAUCGCAGAGUGGAUGGGAGUUGAUGCAAUGGACCGCAGUACGGUCUUCCCAAACCUGCAUCAUUUCAAUUCCUCUCUGCUCCUUGCGACAAGCGCACUCUUUUCAACCUGA